AUGGCGGCAGAGCCUGCAUCUUCAGGACCCCAAGUGAGAGUGAACUCCAAGCGGAGCUACAACGUGGUGCACCCAGUGGACAUAGAGACACCUCCUCUAGCUUCUCCAGCUCCAGCUUCAUCUCCUGAUGUGUAUCGAGAGGUCAAGCAUUUCAAGAAAUGGGUUGUUUGGCUGAUACCUGUUUUUGUUGUUGCCAAUGUUAUUAUGUUCAUCAUCACCAUGUAUGUCAACAACUGCCCCAAGAACUCGAUCAAUUGCAUUGCCACCUUCUUGGGUAGGUUCUCCUUUCAGCCUUUUAAGGAGAACCCUCUUCUUGGACCAUCAUCUUCCACGCUACAGAAGAUGGGGGCUUUAGAUGUAAAUAAGGUGGUUCACAGACACCAGGGGUGGCUUCUCAUCACUUGCAAUUGGUUACAUGGUGGUGUUUUCCAUUUAUUGGCUAAUAUGUUGAGCCUUUUGGUUAUUGGGUAUCGGCUAGAGCAAGAAUUUGGCUUCGUCCGGAUCGGGUUGAUAUAUGUCAUCUCUGGACUUGGUGGGAGUUUGUUGUCAUCUCUUUUCAUCCAAACAAACAUCUCUGUUGGUGCUUCUGGUGCUCUUUUUGGAUUGCUGGGAGCCAUGCUUUCUGAACUUAUCACUAAUUGGACAAUAUAUGCUAGUAAGUUUGGAGCACUUUUCACCCUCCUGAUCGUCAUAGCAAUCAAUUUGGCAGUGGGAAUUCUCCCACACGUUGACAACUUUGCUCACAUUGGAGGAUUUCUUUCGGGUUUUUUUCUCGGGUUUGUAUUUCUUAUCCGCCCCCAGUUCGGAUGGGUUAACCAAAGAUAUGGUCCUCCAGGAUAUGCAUCAUCUCAAGCUAAAUCGAAGUUCAAGACCUAUCAGUGCAUUUUGUGGGUCCUUUCUGUGAUCAUUUUAAUUGUUGGGUUUACUGUUGGCCUGGUUAUGCUUCUUCGGGGAGUUGAUGCAAAUAAACAUUGCUCUUGGUGUCAUUAUUUGUCCUGUGUCCCUACUUCAAGAUGGAGUUGCAAGACAGAGCCUGCAUACUGCACGUCAAGCCAGACGGGCAAUCAGCUCUUGUUAACAUGCUCAAGCAAUGGUAAGAACGGCACGUAUACAUUGGCAAAUGCAAGCAGUUCUCAGAUCCAGGGGCUGUGUUCUCAGCUUUGCAGUUGA